AAUACCCCCUUUACCUCCAAUACGCCUCAUUUUAGAAGAGCAUCGCACAAGAAGCAACAAGCAGCAAGAAUACCUGAGUUUUGAAGGAAGAAAGCAUCAGAAAAAUAAGGAUGGGUUCAGUUGGAGUUCAGAUCGUGUGUGUGGCUCUGGGGGUCCUGGGGCUCAUCGGGGUCAUCGUGUGCUGUGCCAUCCCACGCUGGAACAUGUCUUCUUUUGUGGGCUCCAACAUCGUCACAGCGCAGACCACGUACAAAGGCCUAUGGAUGGAGUGUGUGAUGCAGAGCACGGGUCAGCAGCAGUGCAAAAGCUACGACUCCCUCCUGGUUUUGCCCUCCGACCUCCAGGCCGCCCGUGCCAUGACCAUUAUCAGCGCCAUGGUCAGCACCCUCUCCCUCCUCAUCCUCUUCUGCGGCGCCGACUUCACCACCUGCAUCGAGAACGAAGACGCCAAACCCAAAAUCAGCCUCGUAGCCGGGAUCGGUAUGAUAAUCGCCGGCCUGCUCGUGAUCAUCCCCGCAAGCUGGUCCGCACAUACGGUAGUGAGGGAGUUCAACAACCCCAUGAUCACCGCAUCAGCGAAGAUGGAGUUAGGGCCUUGUAUUUUCAUCGGUUGGGGAGCGGGGGUCUUGCUGUUGAUCGCAGGGGGGCUGUUGUGUUGUUUUAGCAGACCGAGUAGCAGCUCCGGUGGUACGGCUAAGUACUACAGCAACUCAUCUCCGUCUGCCCCCAAAAAUUAUGUGUAAAAAAAGUUUAGAAGAUUGUACCCCGCAAAAAAAAAAAAAAAAAAAAAAAAAAAAAAAAAGUUAAGCUACACUCUUAAAACUAAAAUCUAGAGUAAAUUUCUCUUGACAAGUAAAAUGUUUUGUACUUAAAAUCAACAUACAUAACAUACAUCUUGCUAAACUUAUGAGAACAACAACUCUUUGCACUUGUUAAUUUGACUUGUCAAGUUGAAUCUACUCAAAUAAAGUAAAAUGUUCUUAAUUUAAGUAAUUUGAACUUAUUUAGAUAUAGAUUUUUGCAGUGUAGUUAGAAAAUCUAGAAUUGAUUUGCUAUCAAUAAAUGCAUUAGACUAACAAAAAUAGUUUUAACAGUAUCCUUUAUAACUGAAAAUGUUGACUUUAACUAAUUCUCUUAAGUAAUGACCUUCAAUCUUUUAUUUUAUGUUGACUUAAAAGAAUACUUAAAACGUUUAUGUUCAGUCAACCUCAGAUAUUUAGACUGGAAAUAAGUGAACUAUUUAAAGUCAAAUUUUCAGUUUUGUGUAGUAGACAUUUCUGUAAAUUAUUCGUUAGAAUCAGGAUUUUAAAGUUUUAACAAACUAGAUGAAAUUGCUUAAAAUUGCUUAAUUAUAUUACCAGUUCCUUGAUAUAUUUUAUUAUUCAAAAUACUCACUGGCAGUGGAAUAUGAUUUUGGCUUGUAAAGAAAAAUAUUGAUAAUAAAUUAUAAAAAGUCAGAUUAUUUAGACUAAGCAAAAUGUGUUAAAAACACUAAAAAUAUUCCAUUAGUUAUAACUAAUGGAGAAGUGACAGGUACCACUGGAAUAGUCGACUUGUACAUACACUGAUGUUUCACAAUUGCUUUAUCUGGUGUUAGACUGUCUGGACCACAUUGUACUUUGGGCUGGUAUUGAGUAAUGAUCAUAGACUCUAUGUUUAAGUAUGACAUUUCGGACUGUAUUGCAACAUGUAACUUCACAAUUCAGAAAUCCGACAUGUUUGCUCCUGAAGCAUUGGGUUCUAAGAUCAAAAUGAGUCAACUAUAACAUAAAGUCUAUGUGAACAACCGCUUUUCAUUUUUCUUUUGUAAAUAUUCCAUUUUCAUAACACAAUUAAAUCUUUGUUUGAUGUUUCACUGUAUCACUGUAAUUAACAAUAAGCUACAUUAUUAAAAGAUACAUCUGUAUUUCCCUUGUGAUUUCAAUCAUUUCAUGAAUUUGGCAUUUUAGGACAAACUGCAUAAGUUGCACUGUUUUCUUACUAAAAUUGUUAUCCUCAAAAGAAAAUAAUUUGAACAUUGUAACAUUAUACAUAUUAUGAUUUAGUUUAGUCUAGCAUCACAGGUAUUAGUAUUUUAAAUAGUUUAGUGAUGUUUUUUUAAUGUUUUUUUCUUUGUUCUUUGUUAACCAAAGGCACCUCAGUUGGCCUCAGGGAGCAUUCUACAUGUUCAUCCUUAUAUGACAUUUAUUAGUGAAUGACUUUGUUUUGUACUGACAUGGAUAAAUAAAUCAAUUGUGUAAUCGAAAA